ACAAGGUAUGGUCAAGAGCGUAGAGGCGAGGAAGUCGCUUGUUUAAAAGACAGAUAACACGCUAAUAAGGGUUGUUCAUGUAAAACGUUUUAACUCAAAUGUAUGCUGCUUUUGUAGGUUAUGCUCCAUGGCAUUGCCUCUCCAAUCACGUCUGCGGCAGCGGAGGCUGGAUGCAAGCCCGCUGCAACUGACGUUAUUGUCUUAACCUUGCUAAAUGUUUUAUUCUCGGAUUCAAAACCCGGAAGCGAGAGUUUACCGUCUGCAGGUUAGCCGUUACCUUAGCGUAAUGAAAGCACAAAAGAGUCAGAAAACAUAUACUCUUAUUAUCUGAUAAUAGACGACGCAGGUAAAGAACAGAUAGCUAAAUUUAAAGAUUGCCGUCGCUGUGAAUCACCUCGUAUUUUGUUUAGACUGUUAGCCUUCUUGCUAUUUAGCCAUCUGGCAAGAUUGUCGCUCGCUAGCAUUAGCAGUUAGCUCUGUUAGCAAGUUGAUUACCGCCUAGUGAUGGCUGUGGCACAUAGAGUUUGUAUCGUGGCUGGAUAUUUGCUCCUACUGCUGCUGACUGAGUGCACAGCAAGGAUACACAAGCUCACACUUAAGAAUGAAACUCGAGUUGUCGUCGAUCUCAACAACUUUGGUUUCUUUGCUAAUGGGACUCUGGAUGUCAACCUGCUUUCUCUGCGUCUCCCGGUUGGUGACCAGGUGGUGAACUACAGCACACAUCCAGUUGGUUUCAGCCUCUCCAGGUCGCGUGUGAACGGCGUCUUGUCCUACACAGCAGAGGAGCCAGAGACAUGCCCGCUCACUCUCAAAGAGGUGCCCAACAAGGAGCCCCUCAUUCUUUUUCUCAUUGAUGUCAACACGCUGAGCGUCCAUAUGAGAGUUAUGGGUAAACCAGACAACAUCUUGAUCGCAACGCCAAAACCUGAACCACCUAAGGGUCAGAGGAAAACCCGGGGGGCUCCUGCCAAUCCUGCUGUUAAACCACCAGGCGACAAAAAUGCAGACAAACCAAACGAUGAGGUGAAUGAAAGCAAAAAGGACGACAAAGCUGAGGAUCAGAAGAAAGUAGAUCAGACAGAAGAAAAACAGAAGGAAAAUGAAUUCCAGCUGGACAACAUCAACCAACUGACUUUAGCUUUGGGUAACGAUAGCGGCUCCUACAACUUCAGUUUCCGCAUGGUGGUCGGCUCGCAGGCGGAGGGUCUCUACAGCCUCAAGUUCCACUACUGCAAAAACAAGUUGCCUGGAAUGAAAUUGCCCUACUCGUUCACCGUGGAGGUGACAGAGAGGAAUCCAGGCGGAUACCUGUCUGCAGCAGAAAUUCCCCUGUCUCGUCUUUACAUUGGUAUGGCUGGAGUCUUCUUCACCGCUGCCAUGGUCUGGGUAUACACCCUCAUGAAGCACAGGUACAGCGUGUUUAAGAUCCACUGGCUGAUGGCAGCGCUGGCCUUCACCAAGUCCACAUCUUUGGUUUUCCAUAGUAUCAACUAUCACUUCAUCAACACUGAGGGCCAUCCUAUUGAAGGCUGGGCUGUCAUGUAUUAUAUCACACACUUGCUGAAGGGGGCUCUGCUGUUCAUCACGCUGGCACUGAUUGGCACCGGCUGGGCUUUCGUUAAGUACAUCCUGUCUGACAAGGAAAAGAAGAUCUUCAUGAUUGUGAUUCCUCUGCAGGUCCUGGCUAACGUGGCCUACAUCAUCAUCGAGUCCACAGAGGAAGGCUCCAGCGAAUACUACGUGUGGAAGGAGAUCCUCUUUCUGGUCGACCUCAUCUGCUGUGGAGCCAUCCUUUUCCCUGUUGUCUGGUCUAUCCGUCAUCUCCAAGAGGCUUCCAGCACCGAUGGCAAAGCUGCCAUGAAUUUGGAGAAGCUCAAGCUCUUCCGGCAUUAUUAUGUGAUGAUCGUGUGCUAUAUCUACUUUACAAGGAUCAUAGCCAUUCUGCUCAAGGUCACGAUGCCUUUCCAGUGGCAGUGGUGCUAUGAGUUUCUGGUGGAGGUGUCCACUCUCAUCUUUUUUGUGUUGACGGGCUACAAGUUCAGACCGGCGUCCAAUAACCCCUACCUCCAGCUUCCCCAGGACGAGGACGACGUGGAGAUGGACGAAGUAGUGACCGAGUCAGGUGCACUGGAGGGGAUUUCCAAAGUCAAGAAAACGUGUAACGGACGUGAUCGCCAGAAGGAGUCCACCUUGUGAGCAGGAAGCUGCAUCUCGGAGGAGGAGGAGGAGGAAGGCUGGGGGGGGCGGGCGACCCAUUAAACACCCCCUCGAUCAGCCGACAUGAUGGGAAGCACACGGACCAAGACUUCCCCACCCCCACCCCAACCCCAGGGACAGCUUUCCUUUGUGAAACUCUUGAGGCGGUUGCAGUGGUCGUGUCCGCUGUCUGGCUAUGCAAAAAAAGAAAAGAAAAGAAAAACAACCUAGACUAAUCUGUUGGACGCUCUCUGUUUCCUUGGAGCACCUGCACGCAGAACGUUUCCAGAAGGAGGCAGGUUCCUGCCACGUGGACAGGUGGAGUUAUGGAAAGGAGUUCUGAUGUUCUUUAAGAUGUUUUCUCUCUCUCUCGCUCUCACUUUCCAAAGAUUAUUAUAAUUUUAGAGGAAGACGUGCUUUCCGUUGUGUUUAUAUUGGUUAUUUAAAACUACUGGUACUUCUGCCUCUUAGCUGUACCUUUUUGUGUGUGUGUGUGUGAGUGUGUGAGUGAAUGUGAACGUGAAACAACAGAAGAUUUGAACACAUUUUUGCAUUUUGUUUGGUUUUUUUCUCCUCCUUUUGGAGUCAAUGGCCUGUGCUCAGGAAAACAGCUAAUGAGUAUAUAUUUAAAACUUAGGCAACAAUCUUAUUCUCCUUCCCAUCGGUUAUUAUCGUUUAAUUCAUCACAGCACAGUACAGUAUCACUUUCUUUUUCCUAUAUGUUUGAUUUGUAUAUUGAAAUACAUGGAUGUCAGAGUUUAUACUGUAUAUUUCAAUAACGUUGAGUCCUUUGCAUAUUGAACUGUUAUGUUUCAGUAUUAUGGUCCGUGUUGGGGCUCCGUAGGGCUCCUCCCAGCCCGCCACAUGGACCGAUGCUGUAAUUUAGUGCUUCAACAGUUGAGGUGAACUUCACAUUGCUGUGAGUUCAGCCCAGAUGUUGACAUGUGGACCUCCUGAAUAAAAAGGUUUGGGGCGAUCGGUCUCUAAAAUAACCAGAACAGCGACCCCCCCCCCCCUUUUUGGCUUGGCAGACAAAUGACCUAACUGAUUUUUUUUUUUUGGAUUUAUCUGCUUUUGAUUUUACCUUCUUGCUCUUGAUGCUCUUGAUGUGAAGCUUAUUUUAUUAACUAUUGAUGACUUUAUUGGGGAGAAAAAACGUGUGCAGCUGGGCGGGGCAGACGGCCAUUUGUAAAUAAUUUAGAGGAAGACUCGAUACAGGAGGCACAUGACACGUUCAGAAGAACUGCAUCUCGAGGCUUUGUAGACUUCAGUGCUUCAGACGGCAACGACGCACGUUUCAGUGAGAUCUUGUGACUCCUUUUAGCAGACGGACAGCAAGAGUAAAUGUGAGGAGUCGAGGAAAAGAACCACAGACACUCCUGGACAGGAACGACAGGGUUUACAGACUGUUGGUGUGUCUCCGGUUUCUUGGUGUUGUGUACCGGGGGGGACCUGGACUGGGACUUGGACUUGGACUUGGACUGGGACCUGGACUGUAAAGCAGCUGAACAGAAGAGGUUUUGUGCUUGUUACAGAAAGCAGUUUGAUGUCUGUGUGAAUUGUCACAAUAAAGCUGGUGUUCUGGAAA